AUGUCUGGCGGCUGCUGUUCUAGGAAAUGUCCCUCCCUGCCAGCCAUGUCUCUCUGCUCCACGGAGGUGAGCUGCGGAGGGCCCAUCUGCUUGCCCAGCUCCUGCCAGAGCCAGACGUGGCAGUUGGUGACUUGUGAAGACAGCUGUGGGUCAUCUAGCUGCAGCUCACAGUGCUGUCAGCCGUCUUGCUCCGUGAACAACUGCUGCCAACCCAUGUGCUGCGAGGCCACCAUUUGUGAACCUUCCUGCUCUGUGAGCAGCUGCGCCCAACCCGUGUGCCUAGAGGCCACCAUUUGUGAGCCUUCCUGCUCUGCGAGUAGCUGUGCCCAACCUGUGUGCUGUGAGGCCACUGUUUGUGAGCCUUCUUGCUCCGGGAACAGCUGCUGCCAACCUGUGUGCUGUGAGACGACUCCCUGCCAAGCAGUCCUCUGUGUGCCCGCCUCCUGUCAGCCUGUCCUCUGCAAACCCAGCUGCUGCCAACCAGUCAUCUGUGAGCCCAGCUGCUGUUCAGCGGUAUGCACCAUGCCUAGCUCCUGCCAACCUGUGGUCUGUGAGCCCACUUGCUGUCAGCCGGUGUGCCCCACACCUAGCUGCUGUCCAUCUGUCUGCUCUGUGACCAGUAGCUGCCAGCCUGUCUGCUGUGACUCUGGUCCCUGUGAGCCACCUUGCUCAGAGCCCAGUGUUUGCCAGCCAGCCACCUGUAUGGCUCUGGUCUGUGAGCCUGUUUGCCUCCAGUCUGUCUGCUGUGUUCCAAGUCCCUGUGAGCCACCGUGUAUUUCUGGCCCUUGCCAAGAGUCCCCGUGCAGUGUCUCCAGUAUCUGCCAGCCUGUCUGCUCUGAGCCCAGCCCCUGCCCACCAUGUGUCUGUGUGCCCAGCCCAUGCCAACCUUCCUGCUAUGUAGUCAAGCGCUGCCGUUCUGUCUGCUGUGAGCCUAUUUCCUGCCCCUCCACCUCCUGCCAACCUCUCUGCUGCCGACCAGGGUCUUCUGCUUCUGCCAUCCGCCAGCCAGUUUGCCCUCCUCGGACUUUCUACAUACCUAGUUCCUGCAAACAGCCUUGCAGUGCUUCGGUUUCCUACCGCCCAAUUUGCCGCCCAAUUUACCGCCCCAUCUGCUCCGGACCCAUCACCUACAGGCAGCCGUAUGUGACAUCCAUCUCCUACCGUCCUGCGUGCUAUCGCCCCUGUUACUCCAUCUUGCGCCGCCCCACCUACUACACUUCCUACUCCUACCGCCCUGUCUGCUCCCGCCAGCCUUGCGCUGACUCUGACUCCUGUAAACCAGAGUGCAAAAAGUCCACGUCCAGCCAACCCGAUUGUGUUGACUCAACUCCCUGCAAGACAGAGGACCCAGAGGAGAGUCCCAGGCAGCCUUCUGAGGCCAAACCCACCAGCCCAAACACCCGUGAGGCUACUGCCGCUCAACCUGCUGCUGGCAAGCCUGCAGACCGCUAA